GGCUGCCGGAGGAGUGGGGCGAGGAGAGCGGCGGGGACCUGCGGGGCGGUAACAGGGAUGGUCAGCGAGGAGAUGCCGAAGGGACCCGAGGCUCCCGGGGAACUGGGGGACCCUCGCGGGAAACCGGCGCCGGCUCAACGUGGACGGGCUGCUGGUCUACUUCCCUUACGACUACAUCUACCCGGAGCAGUUCUCCUACAUGCUGGAGCUCAAGCGCACACUGGACGCCAAGGGUCAUGGCGUCCUGGAGAUGCCCUCAGGCACUGGGAAGACAGUGUCCCUGUUGGCCCUGAUCACGGCAUACCAGAGGGCGUAUCCACUGGAGGUGACUAAGCUCAUCUACUGCUCGAGGACGGUGCCUGAAAUUGAGAAGGUGAUUGAAGAGCUGCGAAAGUUGCUCAACUUCUAUGAGAAGCAGGAGGGUGAGAAGCUGCCGUUUUUGGGGCUGGCUCUGAGCUCCCGGAAGAACCUGUGUAUUCAUCCUGAGGUGAUGCCCCUGCGCUUUGGGAAAGACGUCGACGGGAAAUGUCACAGCCUCACAGCCUCAUAUGUGCGGGCGCAGUACCAGCAGGACCCCAGCCUGCCCCACUGCCGCUUCUACGAGGAGUUUGAUGUCCAUGGGCGCCAGGUGCCUCUCCCUGCUGGGAUCUACAACCUGGAUGACCUGAAGGCCUUGGGGCGGCGCCAGGGCUGGUGCCCCUACUUCCUUGCCCGGUAUUCGAUCCUGCACGCCAACGUGGUGGUUUACAGCUACCAUUACCUCUUGGACCCCAAGAUUGCAGAGCUGGUGUCCAAGGAGCUGGCCCGCAAGGCCGUUGUGGUCUUCGACGAGGCCCACAACAUUGACAACGUCUGCAUCGACUCCAUGAGCGUCAACCUCACCCGUCGGACCCUGGACCGCUGCCAGGGCAACCUGGAGACCCUGCAGAAGACGGUGCUCAGGAUCAAGGAGACGGAUGAGCAGCGGCUGCGGGAGGAGUACCGCCGCCUGGUGGAGGGACUGCGGGAGGCCAGUGCGGCGCGGGAGACCGACGCCCACCUGGCCAACCCCGUGCUUCCAGAUGAGGUGCUACAGGAGGCCGUACCAGGCUCCAUCCGCACUGCAGAGCACUUCCUGGGCUUCCUGCGGCGGCUGCUGGAGUAUGUCAAGUGGCGGCUGCGGGUCCAGCACGUGGUGCAGGAGAGCCCCCCGGCCUUCCUCAGUGGCCUGGCCCAGCGCGUGUGCAUCCAGCGCAAGCCCCUCAGAUUCUGUGCCGAACGUCUCCGCUCCCUCCUGCACACCCUGGAGAUCGCUGACCUUGCCGACUUCUCUCCCCUCACCCUUCUGGCUAACUUCGCCACCCUCGUCAGCACUUAUGCCAAAGGUUUCACCAUCAUCAUUGAGCCCUUUGAUGACAGGACUCCCACCAUUGCCAACCCCAUCCUGCACUUCAGCUGCAUGGAUGCCUCACUGGCCAUCAAACCCGUGUUCGAGCGCUUCCAGUCAGUGAUCAUCACAUCGGGGACGCUGUCCCCCCUGGACAUCUACCCCAAGAUUCUGGACUUCCACCCUGUCACCAUGGCAACCUUCACCAUGACGCUGGCCCGGGUCUGCCUCUGCCCCAUGAUCAUCGGUCGUGGCAAUGACCAGGUGGCCAUCAGCUCCAAAUUUGAGACCCGGGAGGAUAUUGCGGUGAUCCGGAACUAUGGGAACCUCCUGCUGGAGAUGUCCGCCGUGGUCCCCGAUGGCAUCGUGGCCUUCUUCACUAGCUACCAGUACAUGGAGAGCACCGUGGCCUCCUGGUAUGAACAGGGCAUUCUUGAAAACAUCCAGAGGAAUAAGCUGCUCUUCAUUGAGACGCAGGAUGGGGCUGAGACCAGUGUCGCCCUGGAGAAGUACCAGGAGGCCUGUGAGAAUGGCCGUGGAGCCAUCCUGCUGUCAGUGGCCCGGGGAAAAGUGUCUGAGGGAAUCGACUUCGUGCACCACUACGGGCGCGCGGUCAUCAUGUUCGGUGUCCCCUACGUCUACACCCAGAGCCGCAUUCUCAAGGCACGGCUGGAGUACCUGCGGGACCAGUUCCAGAUCCGCGAGAACGACUUUCUCACCUUCGACGCCAUGCGCCACGCGGCCCAGUGCGUGGGUCGGGCCAUCCGUGGCAAGACAGAUUAUGGCCUCAUGGUCUUUGCCGACAAGCGGUUUGCCCGGGCUGACAAGCGCGGGAAGCUGCCCCGCUGGAUCCAGGAGCACCUCACGGACGCCAACCUCAACCUGACCGUGGAUGAGGGCGUCCAAGUAGCCAAGUACUUCCUGAGGCAGAUGGCUCAGCCAUUCCACCGGGAAGACCAGCUGGGCCUGUCCCUGCUGAGUCUGGAGCAGCUGGAAUCAGAGGAGACGCUGCGGAGGAUAGAGCAGAUCGCGCAGCAGCUGUAGCUCAAGGUGCUCCCCUCACCUGGGUCCCAGCAGCCUUUGGACCGUCCACAUUCAGCACGUUGAGCGACAAGGCUCUCUUCAUCCUAUAAGAAGAGGGUGGAAGGGUGAGGCCCACAGCAUCUGCCUCCUGCUCUAGACAAGGCUUGCCUGGCACCGGAUGUGACUGACAGAGGUGAUGGGAACCAUGGAGAGUUCUGGAACAGGACAGAGCAGUGUGGGUUACAGAAGCUGCAGCUGUUGGGGCUUUUCGCUGCCCCGAUCGAACACUCACCCGGCUGCCCCUGCCAUCCCCUCGCCUCGGAGACGGGAGACCAGCUUCUCGCUUCCACGCCUUAGAGACUCACGGAUCUUGGAGAAGGAGCUGCUCCGACGAAGGGUCUGGAGAGGGCGCCAGGACCCCAGUCAGCCCCACUUCUCCUCCAGUCCCCGCCCCAGGAGCGGAAGCCAAGCCCAUCUUCCCUCCUCACCUGUUCGGUGUCACCAGUUGUGCCUGCAUUGGGAGCUCCUAGGAACAGAGGGGGGCAGUGCAGUGAGGACAUGGAGCAGUCGCCGGGUGGGGGAGGGCGGGGGCAGGGUAGGGGGCUCACCCAGAGGGGCAGGCAGGUCCUCGCGGCUCAGGAUCUCUCGGUACAGCUCUUCUGCUUGCUGGUACUUGUUCUGUUUCAGGUAGGCCGAGGCCUGCAGGGAGGAUGGGUGAUCGAGGCUCAGAUCUGGAGCUCCCCUGGGCACAUCCUCCCCUCCCCCACAACUUCGUGACCUGGGGCAGGUGACUAAUUCCUGCUCCACUAUGGACUAGUGACAUAACCUUUGUGCCUCAGUUUAUUUGCAGAAUGGGACAACAGGAGCACUUAGCUCCUGGGGUCCUUUAAGAAAUGGAUGGUGCUUUCCCUCAAGGACUGAGAUGGGGGUCUAGUGCUCAAUAAACCUCUGGCACUGUCCUC